AUGGCAACCAGCAGCAAAGUAUCGGACCUGAAAGACGUCACAAAGGUUAGUACAUGUAAUUUUCUUUAUCAACCAACAUUUGGCGCACUUUCUUUUCAUAUUCUUUUUUUUACUUUUUCUAUGUCUAUCACGUUAUCACCAGAAUCAUCAGUGUUAUCACUAGAAUCACUCUAUCAUCAUUACCUCCUUCAUUUCCUUUAACACCCACUUAUCUUUUAGACAAAGAGCUGCGAAUGGAGGGGUUGCACAGGCUUCGGACCGUUCCCGACGAUCGAGGAAAUAGUGGAACACGUGCUCGCCGAGCACAUACCAAAAGUUGUAAAGGACGAGGGUGGAGAGGAGGAAGUCGUUUGCGAAUGGGCCAAGUGUGAGCUGGGAACCACGAGAGGCACUCUGGAAAAGAAGGUUAGUACGAGUGUUGGAGGCAAAAUAUCUACAGUAACCUAUCCUACUGUGAUACUGUACAUUUGACACUACAGUAACCUCUAGACAAUUACUGUUGCUUCUAGAAAUUAUGAUGGUUUACACGGUAGUCUUCCAGACGCAAUGGAUACAGGAGCACUUCAAAGCGCGUCACGCAAAAGGCGCAAAAACGCACAAAUGCGUGUUCGAAGGCUGUCACGAAGCGAGGGCGACCAGCCAGGAAAUCGAGACGCACGUACGUAGCGUACACAUUGCAAAUCGAACGAGAAUUGAGAGAGAAGGUGAGAGAUUUCAAUUUCUAAUGACAAUCUUUGAAAAUGAACUUGCAGAGAAAAUGGAAAAAUCGAGAGAAUCCACAUCCGCGUCGACUUCUUCCGCACCAGCUGCUCCGCCGAACAGGGUCUGGCAGAUCAUUGACGGACGAGUUUAUUAUCCGCCUCCACCUGUGUAAGUAUAGUAUUUUCAUUUAAAAGUACCUAGACUGAUAGUGUGUAUUUACAGGGUGACCAAAAAGACAAUAGUCUAUUACGACGAUGGGCCGAGGUACGUGUAUCCCCCGGGAACCACUGCCAGAUGCCCGAAGUAUGAGGAUGAAUCGGAACUGGCAUCAGAUGAAUACUGGUCCGAUGCGGUGUAUUCGGAUGAUGAAGAGUAAGUCUCCAUAGCCUUCAGAAUCAUCCAUCUAAACUAUAAUCCAUUUCCAGGAUCAUCAGGAAAUCGUGGCGACCACCGAGGCACUGGAACCCGCUGAAGUGCGACGAGCCACGGAGAUUUGAAUACCCCGAAUGGUACGAUCCGAAGAAUCCGCCAGUGACGGAUUCGGAAGAAGAAGCCAGAAGGCGGCGACCGAAACGAGUGAAAAAGAAGGUUCUGACGAAGACAAUGCAACAGACGAACAGAUUGCAUGCAGUGGUCGAUCGGAUCAACGAGGAUCGGGGAAAGACUCGGUGAGUGGAAAAUAUUCGGUUUUCUAGGCCAUCCUAACCAUUCUUGUUUCAGAGAGGAGCUCGAAAUGGAAAAAGUGCCGGGAUGGAAAGGAUCCUUCUGGCAUCGUUACCUCGAAGAGCAGAAGAAAAAGGAGAAGGCUCCGCCAAGGUAACGUUUUGAUCUUUUUGAAAUAUUUCUAUAAAAUUGUUGCAUUUCAGAGAGGUCUCAGCUCCACCGGAACUCGUUGCCGAACCAAAAGAAUCUCCGAUUCGGAAACGUCAGCUGGUAAAGAUGCCGAAACUUCGGAAAGUUGACGAGGAUUCUGAGGAGGCGGAUUCAGAAUCUGAGCCCGAAGAAGAAGGCGAAAAGGAUAGGGUCAAGACUCGGAAGAUCAAGAGAAAAAGAAGGAAGUUCCAAGAUUCGGGAUCUUCGGAUGAAGAUGAUGAAACCCCGCCCCUUUUACAACAAGUCCAACUCAAAAAGUCGCCACUCGUAGAGGCGCAGAGCCCGGAGAACAGCUCCAAAAAGAGGCCGAGUCGGUCUUGUGUGAGAAAUGUGAGCCUCUAUGAGGUUGAGGAGGAUAUUGAGGCAUUUGAAGUAAUGUUGGAGACCCCGCCGAAAAUUGUGCCCCGGAUUGGAAAACUUGCAAAGCCGAGCAGCCCUCCCGCCAAAAACUUGAAGAGAAUCGUGAAGACUACGGUGCCCCAGAAGCAGCCGAAGACGUCUAAAACAAACGAACCGGAGAUUCCGGAGAAGCCGUCGAGACCGUCGCGGGCCUGUCGGGUACUUGGCAGCAUGGAAGAAGUUCCAUUCGAUAUGGAAAUCGCUUGCGAGGAUGAGAAGCCGAGGCAGAGGAAGAGAAAGAUGAUCCGGCUGGCUGAAGAAGAAGAACACGAUUAG